GCCAGACUGACGGGGGUCCGUUCAGUCUCGUUUCAGUCAUCCACACGCACGCGUAGACGCGCGUCACAUCGCGGAGAAGGCACCGGCCGCUACACGCUUGUUUACAUCCUCUUCGUGCCGCCGUCACGCAACCAACCCCCUUGUGGGCAACGCGCUUAACGAUCGCGCUCGUUAUCGGCGGUGAUAUAUGCGCGUAGUACGGCCGCAGGUGAAGCGGGAAAUCGAUUCGACUCGAGAGGAGCCGCGUGGCCAGCAAAGCGGAAAUAAUGCACGGAAAUCGUGGGACGGUCCUCGUCCUGUACACGAUGAUCAAUUGCCUGAGAUUGGCCUCAUCCUCGCCCACUUCGACGAGCGUGAGGCUUGGCGAUGAGUGCAACCGAGACCGGGAGUGUGAGGUCGGGAUCGCUAAUAGUCACUGCUACUUGGGUUAUUGCCGGUGUCAGCCCUUCUUCGCCGGCUACAAUGGAACCCAUUGUCUCGAAUCGACUCUACUGGGCAACGAUUGUCUCGUGAAGGAACAAUGCUCCUUGAAAGUUGCGAACAGCAGCUGCCUUGAGGGCGUGUGCAGAUGCGAGGAGGGACACUUGCAGUUUCGCAGGCAUACCUGUCUGGGACCGGCCAAACUCGGCGAGGUAUGCUACGAGCACGCUCACUGCCGUCUCUGGGAUCUUGAGUCGCACUGCGAUUUUCUCAUUCCGGACUUAUUCGGUCGCUGCCAAUGCACCGCUCCGAUGCGCCGCGAGGGCAACGUGUGUCGACUUGACAGUCUCGUGAGGCCUGCGCCGCUUCCGGAGCAUCUACCUCCCUCUCAGGAGCCGAUAAUAGGGGAAGUCACUGAGAGCGAACGCGAUAAGGAAACUGUCACCGAAGGACAAAAGAGCGAGAUCGAAGGAGAACAAGAUACAGGUGUUCAGAUAUCUUGGUUAAAGAACGCAACGAUGCUUCUGUCGACGGAACCGCCCAGUCAAUUGAUACCGGUGAAUAUAGUGACGAGGCCGUCAUUGAGCUUAAGACCCGGAUCCAACAAUCGUCCCGGGCCAAAUGAGCUUCCUGACUAUGACGAUGCUGUCGUUAUCGAGGCGGAAGUCACCGAGCUCGCUCAUGUUACGACGACUUCAACAACUUCCGCGCCAAUAAAGACGGACCGUCACGAGAACGGCGCGAUAAUGACGGCCGUCAGUCUCGGGCUACCGUGCAUCGCCGAUCUGGAGUGCCGUAUGGCCGAUCCGAUGUCGCGGUGCAUCGGCGGCGUGUGCGACUGCAGCUUGCCGACCAACGGCAGUUGCAGCGCGCGGCGGACCGGCUGCGCGCCAGGCACGUUUCAGUGCCGGUCGUCCGGUAGCUGCAUCAGCUGGUUCUUCGUCUGCGACGGCCGCGCCGAUUGCUCGGACGGCUCCGACGAGGAGUGCACCGGUCCUCGCUGCCCGGUCCAGUCGUUCAGAUGCAACGACAGUAAUGUCUGCAUAUCGAGGUCCGGACUGUGCGACGGCAACCGCGACUGUCCUCGCGGCGAGGACGAGAUUGGCUGCAACAAUCGGCGAAAAUGUCCCGAGGGCGCGUUUAGAUGCAACAACGGUCAGUGCCUGCCGGCGUACGAAUUUUGCAACGCGGUGGUCUCCUGCAGGGACGGCAGCGACGAGCCCAGGGGAGCGUGCAGGACGCGCAACCGCGGCCGAAUCACCUCGAGAUACUGCCCGUUCAGAUGCGACAAUGGAAGGUGUCGUUCCGACGCAAUAACUUGCAGCGACCGAGACGGGUGCGGCGAUGGUUCCGACGAGAAACACUGCAGCGUCUGCAGAUGCGGCGCAACGAUUUAAUCUCGACCGACCGAUCUUCUCGUCAUAUCGUCCGACGAAAAGAGAAAGAGAGUGCGAAGAAGAGAGAGAGAGAAGCAAAGAGGAGCAAAUCACCAACCGGCUCGUCGAUGGUUUCGCGAAGUAAGUGCCUGAGAAUUGAGUAGACGGGCGCAAAAGUAAGUGUGACCAAAGAUCGUUAAGCCGUAUCGCGGUGACUCCGGCUUUCAAUGCUCCGCGAUUUUGAGACUGAAAGGACCGUUUUUACUACGAGAGAGCUGGGUACGACUCCGGCACCCAGAAUGAACAGAGAGAAUUUUCCGUCGCGCCUAUUGCGCGAGAUCUCGCAUUAAGUCGAACCGGGCCAGUGAUCGCCGCCGAAGUGAGUCGCGCUUUCAGGAGGAAUGAUUGCGCUCGUGUAAUAAUGGGACUUAAUCGCGUAUAGUAAUACCGUAAGACACGGGUACAGCUUGCACCAAGGGAUAACUUUGGUCGCCCCGGAUAAAACGCGUACUCAGGACUUAUCUUUGAAAUAUUUGGUAAUAGGUAGGAGUAGGAUCAAGUUUAAUGUGUAAAAAAGGAGUCAAAUUUAAUAAUCAAGUUUCAUUUUCUAUAGUUUCUAUUCUAUUCGAAUAAUAUUCAUAAGAAAUAAUAUUUCACGUAUUGCACUUGCGAAGUAACCGAUCUCGACCAGUUAAUUUCGAAUUUUAGAGUACCUGCAGGAUUCGAAAUGUACUUAUAAGUAGUUUCUAUCGUAGAGAAUCGAAUCUUUUAUAAGUUGUACUCGAAUUCUAAGAAUUAAGUUAGUUAAAAAAAUGUAUAAAAUGUGUAAAAAUUUUAAAUAACUUUUAUUAUAUAUUUUUAUCAUAUUUAAUUUCAACGAUUAAUAUUUGUAAUUAUCAAGAAAAUAAUAUAUUAUAAUAAUUGUCGCUCUAUGCAAACGUUUUGAUUCAAAGGAACAUAAAACUUCUAGUAAAGUGCUCAUAAAAGAUUCGAAUAUAUUUGAUCCAGGUUCGAGUCCAUUUGGAAAUAAUACUUUUGUUUUUUAAAGUAUUGAAGAGAGGAUUCGAAUCUAUUUCGUCCAAAAUUGAGUCUACUUAAAAAAUACUUUUAUUUUUCAAAAUAUUUAUAGAAAGUUAAAAAAUUAUACCAACAGAUUCGAAUCUACUUGUAAGAUACUUAAUUCCGUUGCUAGCAAUAGAGUAUUGUAUAUGUCCGAGAUCCCUACUUUAAUAAAUAAAAUUAAUAAUAUAAUAUAAAUUUUUAGAUAUAAAGAUAUGAUUAAUAUUAUUAUGUUAUUUGAGAGAGAUGCUAAAUUGUGUCUAAGCCGUGUAAGAUAAACCCUGAGUACCAUUUCAUAUAUGUCAAACGAUAAUUUUGAAAACGUUAGAUCAUUCUAAUUGUAAGACGAAGAUUCGGAGUUUCGAGUAUAUGUUGCACCAUGUAUUUAGCACACGGAAGACGCAAUAUCGUAAAUAAAGUCAUACACUGGCAAUAUCUGCAUUUAGAAGAUAGUCCAAAAAUAAAGUCUAAAACAUCGCAUAUAUAUUCAAAUUCAAUAUUAUCCUGCGAAGCGUACCAAAGUGAUAAUACGUCUUCCGUUUGAAUCUCAAUGACGCACUUUAUUUAUUAACGUAAAUAUUAGAACAUUAGAAGUCGCUCGAGGAGAAUAAUAGAUAUUUCAUAAAUGUCAGAAGUGUACAAAUAAUAUAAAAUUGUCGGAGCAACAAGAUUAUAAACAAUUACUUUUGUACAAUUUUGUCAAUUAUUAUUUCAAUAGGACAUCUGACGCGUUUUAUAUAUUUAUCUUGUAAUCUACAUCGUACGUAUCAAGACACAAAAUAAUAUGUAACUUAAUAAAUUCUAAUAAAAUAUAAAAAUCUG